AUGGCGCAGUCCGAAGAAAUCAUCAACUUUGAUGUAAUUGAAUGCCAAAAGGAAAACAUUCAGUCGCUUCCUGGAGGUCGCUCAGCCAGAAAGCUUCAUGCACUCUAUUCGCCCACGUCACUUCAGGGCUCAUCCACGCCAACCCCUACCGACGCGAAAAAUGUCAACGACUGCAUUCGCGCGGAGUAUGAGACGGAAGUGCAGAACAUUUCCGAGUCUGACGAUCCUCUUGACGUUUACGACAGAUACGUGCGCUGGACGCUGGACACAUACCCCUCUGCACAAGCAACACCACAGUCACAGCUUCACACGCUGCUCGAGCGCGCUACCAAGGCCUUCAUCGGCUCACCACAAUAUAAAAACGACCCACGCUAUCUGAGACUCUGGUUGUACUACACCGAGUUCUUCGCGGACGCGCCGCGUGAGACGUACAUGUACCUGUCCCGACAUGGCAUUGGUGAGGGUCUCGCCCUAUUCUACGAAGAAUAUGCUGCAUGGCUCGAGAGCGCAGGCCGAUGGGCUCAGAGUGAAGAGGUUUAUAAACUAGGAAUUGAGCGCGAAGCCCGCCCCGUUCAGAGACUGCUCCGCAAAUUCAAAGAGUUUGAGGAUAGGAAAGCACAAGUUCCGAAGGCCGCUGAUAUGCCAACUUCACCGGCUUUGCCUAGCAUUCGCCCUGCACUGGCUGCCAAGGUCGAACCUUUCGCCGCUGCAGCCCGCACAGGCCCCCAGGCGCAGCGAUCGACAAGUAGCGCAAGCGGCUCAUCAAAACCAGUCAAAUCCAAGCUGGCCAUCUUCUCAGAUGCAGAUGCGAAGCCUGCUGUGCUGUCCUCCCGCGAGAAAGGGUCCAAGGGCUGGGAGACAAUUGAAUCUCUCUCGGACCGCAAGAAGGAGAACACGAUGGAGGCACGGCCUUGGGUUGGCGAGACUAUGAAAGCUGGUGGCAAGAAGCCUACCGCUGCAGCGAAGAUGGCCAUCUUUAAAGACACGUCUCUUGCUCAAAUACAGAAUAUUGCCGUUGUUCCAUCAAAGCAUCAAGUGACGGUGCACCCGCAGACGGGGAAGAAAGAGUACAUUUUCGUGGACCUCGCAGCAGUUUACCCAAAACCGGACGAGCCUGGCACAGAAGUCAGCUUUGAGGAGAUCAUGGCGGCAAAUUGUGGUUGGUUGGAUUGUGCAUGGGACAAUGGAAAUGUGGAAGGGCUCCAAGAAGAUGUUCUUAUGCAGCUGGAUGAUAUUGAAGAGAUUAGCAAGUUGGCUAUUCACCGAGACACCGUCAUGUACGACGAGAAUGGCGCUUUGCCACAGCAUUUCCAUGCAUCCAGACAAAACCAAAAGAACAAGCUUAUGGACAUGAACGAAACUCAAAUCAUCAAGGCCAAGCUGGAUUCACCAUCCAAGCCAAAGAUGAAGAAACGAAACACGUCAGAGCCAACGAUGACACUGCACACAAGAGCAGCUACGGACGACAUUUAUAACAUUUUCAACAAUCCCAUCAAGCCUACUGUGGAGAACCUCUGCGAGAGCGCAGAUGAGUACGAGUACGAAUCGGAUGUUGAUUACACUACCGAUGCGGAAAGUACUGUGGCGACUCGUAACGUCGACCCCGGCGAGAAUGAUGACGAGGAAAUGACUGAUUCCAAGACUUCGAGCGCAUGGUCGGGCUUCUCAACGCUUAAGCAUAUUCCGGAUGCCAACGGCGAAAGUAACUAUACUUCUGAGGCUACCGACAAUCAAAAUCAGGAUGUCCAGCCGCGACAUUUGGAUCAGACACGGGACGAGGAAAUGGUGGAUGAAGCUGGUGAGCAGCAUACUACUGAGCAGAUCCAUUCGCCCCUAUCAACCAGGACAGUCUUUGUUCCUUUCCCACCCGAGGAUUACGACCCUCCCACUCGUCCCUAUAGAGAUGCGGCCGAGGUGGCAAACAAUAGACUGCCAUUUAUGACGCCGAUUACAGAGCGAACCGAGCUUUCUUUAAAUCUGGACGAAGAUUGCGAAGAUCGCUUUCAUCACUUCAAGACUCCCUGUCGACGAGAAGAAUAUCAAGCGACGGGCUGCUUUCACGCUGACUUCGAGUCUCUGAGCAGCCCCUUAAAAGAUGUUGUGGAAGGCGAUAUCCCAGCUUCAGAGAUUUUUCAAGUACUCAAGCCAAAACCGGCGACUCUCUCUGCAAAGGCAAACAAAGGUCUACCAAACAAAGGCCCCAUAAUCAGGGACGUCAUGUGCAAUCCUAUGGACGAAAAUAUCCGCAAGGAGAUAUUGGCUAACAUACAACCGCCUCUGAGCUCUUACUCUGGAUUCUAUGACCAGAGACAAAGCCAGUCCGAGCGCGGUGGUGCUAUUCGCAAAUUUAUCAAAGCACUCUGCAGUAAGCCAAGCAAAUCGAGCGGGGAGCGAGGCGCUUCGCUCCCGGCGCAAGUGGUCCUUGACUUUCCCAAUAUUGAGGCGUGUUACACGCUCAAGAGAGAGCUUGGAGCCGGCGCAUUUGCCCCUGUCUACCUCGUUGCCAACUCGAAUCCAGAAGAGCCAGCUGGUGACGAGAAUGCGGUAGCCGUCAACGGAAAAGGCGCGUUAGCCGUGAGCAAACGUGCGAGUUUGGAAGCGUUAAAGAUGGAAAACCCCCCAAGCCCAUGGGAGUUCUAUAUGAUGCGUCUUUCGCAUACUCGCCUGGGACCCCAGCACCGCGUUUCGGCAUCGCUCUCAUAUGCUCAUGAGCUGCAUCUCUACAGGGACGAGGCAUUCCUGUUUCUUCCCUAUCAUCCGAAUGGUACCCUACUUGAUGUCGUCAAUUACUUCCGUUCUGAGUCCUCUGGCGUCAUGGACGAGAUUCUUGCUAUGUUCUUCGCUAUUGAGCUUAUGCGCACCGUCGAGGGUCUCCACGCCAGUCAGCUCUGCCACGGCGACCUCAAGCCUGACAACUGUCUGCUCCGCCUGGAUGAGUUUUCCGGCACUUCGCUUCUGGCUAAUAAGUGGCGGGCGGAUGGCAGCGGCGGCUGGGGGGCGCGAGGAAUUUCACUGAUUGAUUUUGGUCGCGGUAUCGACAUGCGCGCCUUUGUGCCACGAGUCGAAUUCUUUGCCGACUGGAAAACGACAGAUCAGGAUUGCUCGGAGAUGCGAGAAGCACGUUCCUGGACAUGGCAGAUUGACUACUAUGGCCUCGCGAGCACCAUACACUGCUUGCUUUUUGGCAAAUACAUCGAGACAGUGCGAUGCGAUAGCGGCGGCAUUGGCAAAGGUCGCAAGUACAAGAUCCGUGAAGGUUUCAAGCGCUAUUGGCAAACAGACAUCUGGGCUGGCUGCUUCGAGAUGCUGCUAAACCCCUCGUCGCUUGUCGCUGGUGAAGAGGGAAGCGCUAUGCCCGUGCUCAAGGCGAUGAGGAGGGUGCGAGAGCGCAUGGAGGUGUGGCUAGAGGCGAACAGCGACCGCGGAAUCGGGCUCAAAGGAUUGAUUGUUAAGCUGGAAAACUCCAUCAAGCUGAGGAAGUAG